AUAAUUUAUAUAUAUAACAUUCAUCCCGUGCAAAACGCGGAUCUUAACCUAGUGAUAAGUAAAGUGGCAUCUGUCGACCAUGAAUGAAUAAAAAAGAUAAAACCUAAAUAUUAGAAUGAAAAUUAUUUAUAUGAUGAAAGAAAAACAAUAUUUUUGGUUCACAGAGAAAACAAUUACUUGUAGAAUAUAUCACAUGUAUAUUCUAUAAAAAUAUAUUAAAUAUAUGUAAUGAAUGCUUAACUUAUAUCACUUUUGGAACUUGGAAGUGGUAAAUCCCAUUCCCACACACCAUUUUAUGCCUAUCACGUCGAAACAUUAUAACACUAUAUAUUGUAUGCCGUGCAUACACGUUCAUAUCACAAGUUGUCGUCAUGUCAACCCUAAACCCUAAUUAAUUAGAAAGUUACCCUUUAUUGUCAACGCCAUUAGCCUAUAUAAAACCCCAUGAAACUAGUUUUCAAAAAUUCACUUGCUUUUUCUCCAAUCCAACAUAUAAUUAAAGCAAGCAAAAAUAAAAUGGCUUUCUCACGCCUUUCAUUUGCUGCUUCUCUCGUUCUCUUCUCAUCUCUAAUCAUAUCCUCAGUUGCUUAUUACGGUGACGAAGCAAACCCCGAGAACGGAAAAUUAAUUCCGGUCGCCGUUGAAGGUGUCAUCAUGUGCAAGUCCGGUGAUAAAUCUUACCCAAUUCAAGGUGCGACGGCAAGAGUUACAUGUGUGAAGACAGACGUAUAUGGGGAAGAGAUUGUUCCAGUCUCAAUGAUGAGCAGCAAAACUGAUGCUAAAGGUUACUUCUUUGCCACUUUAUUUCCUUCACAGCUUCGUGAAGGAAGGAUGGUGACUAAGUGCAAAGUUUUCCUUCACAAAUCUCCAAUCGCUGGUUGCAAUUUCCCGACCGAUGUGAACAAAGGUGUGAAAGGACAGUCACUAAGCAAGUACCGUAUUCUUGAAGACAAGAGUUUCAAGCUUUACUGGGCUGGUCCUUUCUUCUUCACCUCUGAACCUACAUACUACUAAAUUGAUGAACAUGAUGUUUUCAGAAUCUUAAAUUGAUGAACAUGAUGUUUUCAGAAUCUUUUGUUUUCUUUGUUUAUAAUUGAUUUAUCAUUUUGUGAAAUACAUUCAUUUAUCUCUGUGCAAGUUAUAAUGUUUUACAGACUAUCUACAUUAUUACAUUUGUAUGUUCA